UUACACAUGUUCCUAUGAACGUACAUGUGCGCUAAUAAGCGCUAUGUUGUAACAGAUAAUUGAACGCACACGAAUUUCAACUUGUGGGACUGAAGUAAAUCCGUACCGUGGGAUGGUGGUGAGAGAAGUUAGAGUACAUUUAAGGACGUAGUGAGCAAUUUGUGAAGUUCACCAAACUUGUGUUUAAAUUCAGUUGAAAGAGGGGAGAAAAGAGUGACUAUUUAUAUAUUAUCACAAUGGGAAACGUUUUUGCAGCUGAGAAAAAUGCAUCGCCACUAGGCGCCGGUAGUCCGCCGUUGAUGGGCAUGCCCAUGCCUCCCGUCUCUCCGGGGGCUGCGGCAGCGCUGGCCGCAGCUAACAAGGCUAACAACGACCUUCCAAACCCGGGUAACUUUGAAGAUCUCUUUAAGAAAGUGAAAGAAAUCUUCCCCACACCACUCGAGGGAUGCAAGCUGGUGGUCAACAAAGGUCUAAGCAAUCACUUCCAGGUCAGCCAUACACUGUCACUGUCUGCCUUCAAUCCAUCCUCGUACCACUUUGGUUCUACCUACGUUGGCAGCAAACAGAUCAGUCCAAAUGAGUCAUUUCCCGUUCUUCUUGGUGACAUAGAUACCUCAGGGAGUCUCAACGCUCAGAUCAUUCAUCAGCUAGCAGACAGAAUACGCUCUAAAUUUGUAGUACAGACACAGCAAACCAAAUGGGGUGUAUACCAAGCCGAGCUGGAGUACAAGGGCCCGUCCUACACUGGUGUGCUUACCAUGGCUAACAUAGAUCCGUUAGAAGGCACAGGAAUAGCCGUAGCUCAUUACAUGCAGAGCAUUACACAGAGAUUGGCUGUAGGGGCGGAGCUUCUUUAUCACUGUGGGCAGGGCCAACAAGCCGCUGUAGUCUCGCUCGCAGGCAAAUAUGCAGCCGACAAUUGGAUAGCCUCCAGUACUGUAGGACCAACAGCAUUCCACGCAGCAUACUACCAUAAGGGGAAAGAAGUCCAGAUCGGAGUGGAGUUUGAGAGUAAUUUAAGAGGUAGAGAAUCAUCAGUCUCGCUAGGGUACCAAGUCGACCUACCAGCUGCUAAUGUAGUAUUCAAAGGUAUGGUAGAUACAAAUUGGACUGUAGCCGCCGUUCUAGAGAAGAGACUUCAACCCAUGCCCUUCACCUUUAUCCUGAGUGGUGUGAUCAACCAGACGAAGAACCAAUGUAGAUUUGGGUUUGGAUUAAUGAUAGGUUGAAUAGAAACAGCACUUUUAUUAUUUCUCGUUCGUACAUGACCCGGUAAGCCUCCUCAAAAUACCUCCUCCUCGGCAGCAAAAUGAUUCCUUUUUCGGAUAAAUGAUGCGACAUAAAGGCAGCAGUUCUUUAUGAUGAUGUAAAGUUUAAAGCCCAACUGCACUACUUAUAGCUACUUGCGCCCUCUAUAUUGCAAACAAUGCCUAAUCGGUGACCAUUGGUCCCCCAUGAUCCCCUUUUUCUUAUGUUAAUUGA